AUAUGAAGUAUCAGAAACGUGUUCGUGUUUACCGUGAUCUCGCUGUCUAAAUCGUCUAACUUCACUAGUAACCAAAUUUUAGUUUUCCGGUCAAUUUGAUCUUUACCAGUGGUAAAAAUGGACCAGACCUCAACCUCAUCGAAAGAACAAGUUCAGCCCAAGCAGCCCACGGUGUACAUUUGCGGCGAAUGCCACCACGAAAACGAGAUGAGGCAAAAAGACGCCAUCCGAUGCAGAGAAUGUGGUUACAGAAUCAUGUACAAGAGGAGGACAAAGCGAUUGGUUGUCUUUGAUGCGCGUUAAGGAAGAGGAAACGGACCACUAUAUCUUCAAGGAUGAUGAAUGGAUAUUUGAAAAAACUUCAACUCUAGCAUAAUAUAAGUUAUUUCGAUAUGUGUGUGGAUAGUACUGAUUAAAAUAAUUUGCAAUAUUCA